GAAGGGAUAGAAAGAGCUACUUGUCUUGUGUCAUAGCCUCAUGUAGAUCAAGAGAAACCUCUUGCUCCUUGCGUGGUUCAAAGGGAUUGAUUAAACUUUCUUCUUUCCCAGUUCUGAGGCUUUGCUUCGUCUUCCCUCCUCAAACAGAACACUCGAUGAGUAAUAUGUUUGAUUAGAUAGACACUUUUGGUAGGUAAACAAUAUGGCAACGUCUCUGCUACUCCUUUCUUCUCCUUGUCUUUCCUCUGUUUCUUUCUUGAAGAACAAUGGGGAACCAAGAAGCUGCUGUUGCGCCUCUAUUCAACAAUCCAAGCGGGAUUCUCACUUGAAAGGUUUCAGGGUCAGAGCAAUCAAAGAGAAAACUGAGAAAAUCGAAAACCCUUCAUCUUCUUCAUCUUCUUCAUCUUCCAAAGCUUCAGCUGAGGAAAUCACCAAGAAGUACGGUCUUGAAGCUGGUCUCUGGAAGAUAUUCAGCUCAAAAGAGGAAACAGAAGGUGAAGCUAAGAAGUCAAAGGGUGAUGAAGCCAAGGAAUUGCUAGCAAAAUAUGGAGGAGCAUACCUGGCCACCUCCAUUACCCUAUCCAUUAUAUCGAUCUCUUUAUGUUAUGUGCUAAUCAGUGUCGGCGUCGAUGUCCAAGCUUUACUGCAGAAGGUUGGAAUCUCAAGUAAUGAGGCUGGAGAGAAAGUUGGAACUUUUGCUUUGGCAUAUGCUGCACACAAAGCAGCAUCUCCGAUUAGGUUUCCUCCAACGGUGGCUCUCACUCCAGUAGUCGCUGGUUGGAUCGGAAAGAUAGUCGGAAAAGAGAAGUAAACUUAUUUGGUUACUUAUUCCAUGAAUCGAAUUUUGUAAUGUAAUAUCUACAUGUAAAACUUGCCUUCUCACGUGUAGCAAUCAAGGGUAAACUCUUCUAAGUACUGCAACUUUAUCUGGUGUAGCAAAUGUCUAAAUUGCAGAAUUUGGCGAUGUAUGUUGAUAGAGCGAAACUAGAAUGAUAGUGCUAUUAUUUAUGCAUAAAAGAUCACAUAUGUACAUACAGAUGACAAU